GUGAUAGUCUAUGAUAAAGUUUCAUAAGUCAAUGUGAAAUGUGCACAACAUUAAAUAUGCUAUUAUAUUUGAAUAAAAACAUUCAUUUAGUGUAGUACUAGUAAAUGAUAUGGAAGAUAAUAAAAAUUCGAAUGAGAAAGACGAUGAAAAUUCGUCGUCAGCACCGUCAUUACAGCUUUCCAGAUCACAUCUCAAUGAUGAUGAUGAAAAUAGCCAAAAGAAGAAAAUUUUCCGAAAUUCAUCCGGUAGUCAUAGAAAAAACAACAAAAAACAUACAAAAAUGCCUUCAAGUUCAAGCCUACAUAGUUUAGUAUCGAUUUUAAAACAAUAUGAUAAUACACAAAUUCACCAACAAUCAGUACCAAAUGUAUCAUUUGAAGAAAAAUUUACAAACACAAAAACUACUGCCUGUCCAAAUAUGUCCUGCAAUAAUUCUACAUCGCAGCUACAGUAUACUAUAGAUGGUGAUGAAAAUCAUAAAUCAGGAAUCAAUGGCAGUAUAAGCACACAAACAUCAACGAUUGGCUUUCGUGCAUCAUUCUUUUCGGUAUUAGAAAAAAUUGGUAUAUGGCGUAGCCAAGACCUAUAUAAAACAACUCCAUCAUCCACAAACGAUAUUAAAUUUUUUACUUCCGAGCGCCGAACAGCAAGAAAUUCUGUGUCAAGCCUCCUUUAUCGUACAUUGCAUGGUGAAAAUGCGCGUAGGAUUCGUGCUAAUGAUAGAGAAUAUAAUUCACAAUUUCACUAUGCUAAUAAUUACAUCAAAACAUCGAAAUACUCAUUUUUAACGUUCCUCCCAUUAAAUUUACUCGAACAAUUUCAAAGACUAGCAAAUUUUUACUUCUUAUGUCUGUUGAUACUACAACUCAUUCCUGCAAUAUCAUCACUUACACCAGUCACAACGGCAAUACCAUUAAUCGGUGUAUUAAGUUUAACAGCCAUAAAGGAUGCCUACGAUGAUUACCAACGUCAUAUAUCCGAUUCACAAGUUAAUAACCGAAUAUCAAAAUGCCUACGAAAUGGAAAAUUGGUCAAUGAAAGGUGGUCUGGUGUUCAGGUUGGAGACAUUAUUCGAAUGGAAAAUGAUCAAUUUGUUGCUGCAGACAUCCUGAUAUUAACAUCAAGUGAACCAAAUGGAUUAUGCUUUAUUGAGACAGCGGAGCUUGAUGGCGAAACAAAUUUAAAAAUAAAGCAAUGUCUUGUCGAGACUGCGAUUAUGAAUGACUAUGAAGAUCGCUUAUGGGAAUUUAAUGGCGAAAUUGUAUGUGAGCCGCCUAAUAAUCUAUUAAAUAAAUUUGAGGGUACUUUGAUGUGGAAAAAUCAACGCUUUUCACUCGACAAUGAGAAACUUUUGCUUCGUGGUUGCGUGUUGCGUACACAAUGGUGUUACGGAUUAGUCAUCUUUGCUGGAAAAGACACGAAGGUCAUGCAAAAUUCAGGAAAAACGAAAUUCAAACGAACAAAUAUUGACAAAUUGUUGAACUUUAUCAUCAUUGGGAUUGUCUUCUUUUUAUUGUCAAUAUGUGGAUUUUGUACAGUUGCUGCGGCUAUUUGGGAAGGACUUAUUGGAUAUUAUUUUCAAUCAUACUUACCGUGGGAUAAACUUAUUGUGCCACAGCACAUUCAGGGAUCAACAAUCAUCGGAUUAUUAGUAUUUUUCUCAUACGCAAUAGUUUUAAAUACUGUCGUUCCGAUAUCUUUAUACGUCUCUGUAGAGGUUAUACGAUUUGCUCAAAGUUUUCAAAUCAAUUGGGAUGAGAAAAUGUUUCACAAAAAGACAAAAACGUUUGCGAAAGCGCGAACUACGACAUUAAAUGAAGAGUUGGGACAGAUUCAAUAUGUAUUUUCUGAUAAAACUGGAACGCUUACUCAAAAUAUUAUGACAUUCAAUAAAUGCAGUAUUAAUGGAAGAGCAUAUGGUGAUGUGAUUGACUUGAGGACAGGAGAUAUCAUUGAAAUAAAUGAAGAUACAAAGCCGAUUGAUUUUUCAUUCAAUCCGUAUUAUGAAGCAGACUUUAAGUGGUUCGAUAGAGAACUUUUGAAUGCAGUCCGUGCAGAUGAAACACAUGCUCACAAUUUCUUUCGACUCCUCGCUUUGUGCCAUACAGUAAUGCCUGAAUAUAAAGAAGGAAAAUUGGAAUAUCAGGCUCAGAGUCCUGACGAAGCUGCUUUGGUAUCAGCUGCUCGUAAUUUUGGUUUUGUGUUUAAGGCACGGACACCAAAUAGUAUUACUAUAGAAGUUAAUGGAAGUACUGAAGAAUAUGAGUUAUUACAUAUUAUAGACUUUAAUAAUACUCGGAAAAGAAUGACAGUAAUCCUUAAACGACAUAAUAGGAUAUUUCUUUAUUGCAAAGGAGCAGACAAUGUGAUAUAUGAGAGACUAGGACUUAAUCAAAUGGAUAUUAAACAUAGAACUCAGGAACAUUUAAAUAAAUUUGCUGGAGAAGGGUUAAGAACACUUGUCUUAGCUGAGCGUAAAAUUGAUGAAGUGUUUUAUAGCCGAUGGAAGAAAAAAUAUACAGAAGCAUCACUAGCUUCAUCGUCACGUGAAGAGAAGCUAGAAUAUGUUUAUGAAGAAAUUGAAAGUGAUAUGAAGUUGAUAGGUGUAACUGCUAUUGAGGAUAAAUUACAGGAUGGUGUUCCUGAAGCUAUUGCAAAUCUUCAAUUGGCAGGCAUAAAAGUAUGGGUUCUCACUGGAGAUAAACAAGAAACAGCAAUUAAUAUUGGAUAUUCAUGUCAAUUAUUGACCGAUGAUAUGCUGGACGUUUUCAUCGUUGAUGGUAUCACAAAAACGGAAGUUGAACAGCAAUUAAGGAAGUACAAAGAAUCUAUUAAAAUAGUUAAUACCUUUCAUCCACCUGGUGUACAAAGUGUUAAUGCCAAUGGAUUUCUAAAAAGAGAUCAAGAUUUCGAUAUUAAAAUGAAAACUCCACCAGCAAUAUCUAUAGUCACAUUUAGUUCUGAAGCAAAUAAUAUAUUUGAGGACAAUCAACCGAAUGCUGGUCAGUCGUCAAUACCAACACCACCUGAUAAUGAGGAAGGUGCAGGUUUUGCUAUUGUUGUGAAUGGACAUUCUCUAGUCCACUGUCUUUCGAUCGACUUGGAGCAAAAGUUCUUAGAAAUAGCAUCACAAUGUAAAGCUGUUAUCUGCUGUCGUGUGACUCCUUUGCAAAAAGCUCUAGUAGUAGCUCUAAUGAAAAGAAGUAAAAAUGCAGUAACACUUGCCAUCGGUGAUGGAGCAAACGAUGUAUCAAUGAUAAAAGAAGCUCAUAUAGGUGUAGGAAUAUCAGGACAAGAAGGCCUUCAAGCUGUUCUUGCAAGCGAUUAUUCAAUAGCUCAAUUCAGAUUUCUUGAGAGACUCUUAUUAGUCCAUGGACGUUGGAGUUACUACCGAAUGUGCAAAUUUUUGAGAUACUUUUUCUAUAAAAAUUUUGCAUUUACAUUGUGCCACUUCUGGUUCGCAUUCUUCUGUGGAUUUAGUGCUCAGACCGUCUUCGAUCCAAUGUUUAUAUCAGUUUAUAAUUUAUUUUAUACAUCUUUACCGGUAUUGGCUCUGGGAAUUUUCGAGCAAGAUGUAUCUGAUAAACAUAGCAUAGAAUUUCCCAAGCUUUAUGCACCAGGCUUAACAAAUGCUCUCUUCAAUACACAGGAAUUUGUUAAAAGUGUUGUACAUGGUGUUUUUAGUUCUCUAAUCUUAUUCUUAAUUCCUUAUGGAACUUAUGGUGAUAGAAUAUCGUAUAACGGUUAUGUCUUAAGCGAUCAUAUGCUACUUGGAACUGUAGUAGCUACAAUUCUCAUUCUAGAUAAUACUGCUCAAAUUGCUCUAGAUACUGGUUAUUGGACCAUGUUUAACCAUGUGAUGAUUUGGGGAAGUCUUUUAUGUUAUUUUAUACUUGACAAUUUUUAUAAUUAUAUAAUCCGGGGCCCAUAUGUUGGCUCACUUGCCAAAGCUAUUUAUGAAUCUACAUUCUGGCUUACGACAUUGCUCACUGUCAUCAUUUUGAUGGUACCAUUACUUGCAUGGAGAUUUUAUAAUAUCACAUGUAAUCCUAGUUUGGCUGAUAAAAUACGCUUAAAACAACGCGAAAUGAAACAUAUUAAAUCAAAGCCUAUUAUUGCACGAACUGCUUCUGCAAGACGAUCGAGAAGGUCAUUGAGGUCAUCUUAUGCAUUCGCUCAUGAGGAAGGAUUCGGCCGACUUAUCACGUCGGGUAAAAUUAUGCGAAAACUUCCACACGAUCUUCAAGCAUAUCCGCUUGGACCAGGUAGUAACAAAAAGCAUCAUUCGAUGGACCAUCAAAAUGGUAUGUUGAAAUUGGGAAAAAUUAUACCGAGUAGCUCAUCAGCCAAUAGUGAUUUGAGUCCGAGAGCACCACUGUCCGAUUUAGAUACUAUCAAUCUUUAGAUUAAAGGAUGAAUAUUAAAGUCAUUUAAAUCUUCUCGUAAUGUUGUGAAAUUUAUUCCAUUUCACAUUAUAUGUCCGUCCUUAAAUAUCAAACCUUUAAACAAAAUUCAAUUUAUCAAUUUAGUUUAUGUUAAACUUAAGGAUUUAAAAUUUUCUAGUCGUAAAAUAAUGAAAAAUGAAUUUAUAUUAAUGACAACGAGAGAAUUUAAUUAAGUUUUAAAAGGAUUUUAAUAUUAAAGGUACAUAAAUUUGCUAACAUGCCUUCAUUCAAAACCUUAUAAAAAGGUGAACAAGUUAAAGGUUUGUUCACUUAUGACUUCCGUCAAAAACAUAAUAUUCAGACCCCCC